AGAGUCAUGACCUUCACAAAUAUCACAGUCUUCAUUGAAUUCUACCUGCUGGGAUUUCCAGGACUCCAUCCAGACUAUUAUGGAGCUGUAGGAACCCUUUUUUUGUUGGUCUACUUGACACUCUUAGGAGGAAAUAUCUUUAUUAUUGCAUUUAUUGCUUAUGAGAAAAGUCUUCAGAAACCCACCUACGUAAUCUUCUGUAAUCUCGCUGUGUGUGAUCUUACUUUCGGAACUGUUGUGCUGCCUCAAGCUAUUGCAAUGUAUUUUAUUAAUAUCAACACUAUAUCAUUCAAUGGGUGCUUUGUGCAGAUGUUUUUUGCUCAUUAUUUGGGGAGUGUCAGUUCUUUAAUCAUAUUAUUAAUGACCAUUGAUCGAAUUGUUGCAAUACAUUACCCUUUUAGAUAUUGUGUGCUUAUUACAAAUAAAACUGUUUUCAUUGCAUGUGGAGUGAUUUGGACAGCCGUAACACCUUUGGUGGCCAUUAUUGUUUAUGAAGCCUAUGAUGAGCCCUAUUGUGCUACUAAUGUAGUAACACAAAUCCUUUGUGAACGAGGUGUAGUAAUUAAACUUUCUUGUCGAGAUGUAAGGCAGAAGUCGAUUUUAACAUUUGCAUGGACUGUAACUGUUGCUUUGGGCCCUUCAGUAUUUUUUUUAUUUUCUUUUAUUGCCAUCUUUAUAUCUGUUUUCAACAUUUCUGACAUUCAAGGCCGAUAUAAAACAUUCUCGAUUUGUGUUCCCCAACUAGUUAUCAUUUGUCUGUAUUUUGUGCCAAAAUUUAUCCUUUACGUGUUCGAUGUAACAGUUGCAAUGUCUCCUAGCUUACGGAUUGCUUUAAGUUUGUGUUUAUGUUUGCUUCCUCCUGUUGUCAAUCCGAUUAUUUACUGCUUCAAAACCAAAGAGAUUAAAGAUGCAUUAAGAAGGAAAAUGAGACACAAGAUAGUCAGCAUGCCAGUUAAAAGGAUGUAA